AUGAUUCUCUGGUUGAGUCGAGCGAUGAUAUCGAUUUUUCGAUAUCUUUAUCGAAUUCUGCUCUAUUCAGUGUUGUGUUUCUCGAAUAAACCAGAGUUGGUUGAAAAAGAUUUGAUAGAUAUUCCAGAGUUUAUUGUUCGGGGAUUCAUACGGAAAAUGGAUUUGAAGGAGAGAAUUAUUAUCCGAACGAAAUCCUCUUCUCUCCGUGAUAUUGAUGACAUGGUUCCUUUAAAAGUGGAUGGAAUUGUUCUGAAAUCUACACCGUCUGAAAUCUCUCUCAGCUUCGAGGGAUCUCUCAAAUUUAUAUUUUCUGGAAAUAAUCGAUUGCAGGAAGCCAUGACGCAACUGUUGAUAGUCUUAAACCACCCCAAACUUGACUUGAGAAGUAUUCGAUUCGACUUCUUUCGAGAGGACACCGAUGAGCAGAUCAUGGAUAUCUUCUCCACUAGACUGACAUUUGGUAUCUGUGUAAAACUACUUCAUUUCGAGAAUUGCAGUUUUCAAAACCUUCUAACGUUAUUGGAACAUACCACUCCAAAAAUUCUUAAUGAGAUUUGGAUAACUGGGCGGAUUCACAGACAGUAUAACCCGGAUACUAUUGAUAGAAUUUUCCAAUUGGAGCAGUGGAAGAAAGCCAAAACUUUGGUGAUUACUGGAGGCUUGUUUGGCAGUAUGGAGCACUUUAGUCAUUUCGAGGAGUUGGCUCUAUAUAUAUCUGGAUUUACUCUACAGAAAAACUGGGCAGAUACAAUUGUGAUUAGACAGAAUCAGCAAGUCAAGACGGUUCGAAUGAGUAUAAUCAUGGCUAUAUUUGAUGUUUUGGGUCUUGAGUGGAAUUUAAAGGCGCAUAGAAUCCUCCGUCAAUUCAGCAAUCUCAAAAAAAUGGAGUUUUUCACAUUCCCGAAUCGCCUUCAAUGCCAUGAAAUUUGUGAACUUUUCGAGGCUGAACAGAUCAGUGAUCGGAAGUACAUUCGUCGGAACACUGAUUCUGAAUCCGAGGACUAUUUCUCAAUUAAAAAUUUCAACGCAGAGAAAGGACAUUUCAAAAUUAAGAGAGUCGUGAAGAAGUCCAAUGAGGAGGAGAACGAGAUGUUGAGAUUGAUUUGA